AUGAUAUCGCACCGCCGUGGAUUCCGUAUUUCCCGGAAUGGCCCUGAAGGCCGCUACCAGGCAGGCGAUUGCACGGAUGGACAUAUCCGAACCCACGCCCAUACAGGAGAAAUCGAUCCCGCACCUGCUGGAGGGACGCGACCUUAUAGGCCAGGCACGCACCGGGUCCGGCAAGACCUUGCGUUCGCGUUCCCUAUGGUGGAGCAGUGCGACCCAUCAGUCCGGAAGAUUCAGGCGCUUGUGCUGGUUCCCACGAGGGAGCUGGCCAUUCAGGUGGCCAAAGUCACAGCAGCCCUGGCAUCGACGCGACGCCUCCGAGUCACGUUACUGUACGGCGGCCGGUCUUUAAGGCCGGAGCACACAGCGUUGAAGAACGGCGUCCACAUAGUAAUCGGCACGCCGGGCCGGACCCUCGACCAUGUACGCCAAGGCACCCUCGACCUGCGGUCCGUGCGAUUCAUGGUGCUGGAUGAAGCCGACGAGAUGCUGGACAGAGGCUUCGCCCGCGAUGUCGAGGCGAUCCUUGGAAAGACUCCCUCGGAACGCCAAACCGCACUCAUGUCUGCCACGAUGCCUGAGUGGGUUGCCAAGACCGCUGCCAAGCACCUGAAAGACCCCGUAACGGUCGAGGUGGACUCAGACUUGCAAUCCCUGCCUACGGUGGACCACCUUGUGUACACCAUCCGCAAGAGCGACAAGAUCGAGGUUCUCCAAGACCUGCUGAACGAGCGGCGCGGCGCUCUGGUCAUUGUCUUCGGCAAGACCAAGCACGGCGUCAAGAAGCUGGCGAAACAACUCGACGGCAUGGGCUAUCCCGUUGGAGCGCUUCAAGGCAACCUCAGCCAAAACGCCCGUGAGCGUGUGAUGAAGGACUUCCGUUCCGGCGACACCCCAAUCCUGGUUGCAACGAAUGUCGCGGCCAGAGGGCUGGACGUCGAAGGCAUCGAACAGGUCAUCAACUAUGACCUGCCGGACACAAAGCUGCUCUUCACACACCGGGUCGGCCGAACUGGCCGAAUGGGCCGCUCCGGCGAGGCGGUGACGCUUAUUACUUCGGAUGAAGAGCGGAAGUGGCGGGAGAUUGAGCGGGGCCUGGGCCGCCAUUUCAAACGCAUGCCAUGGAGUGUCGCCCGUCAGCAAGCGCAGCUUCAAAAGAGCUACGCGUAG